AUGGGCUACACACGUGAAGAACUCCCCAUUCACACGAAGAGCACCUCGCUCUUUCACAAUGUGGAAACCAUGCCUGGCGAUCCUAUCUUUGGACUGAUGGCGCUUUAUGCAAAGGAUCCUGCUGAGAAGAAGGCUUCUCUUACUAUUGGUGUUUAUAGAGAUGAGGAGGGCAAGCCUUGGGUUUUGCCUACCGUCAAGAAGGUCGAGAAGAUGAUCGCAGAAGACGUGGCCACAAACCACGAAUAUCUGCCCAUGGAAGGUCUCUUGCCCUUUGUCGAAUCAGCGCGCGACCUCCUCUUUGGAAACCCUUCCCCCUCUCUCACUUCUCGCAUUGGCUCUCUCCAAACCAUUUCUGGAACUGGUGCUGUCCACUUGGGAGCUCGUUUCUUGAAUGACACUCUAUCACCAAAGCGUAUAUGGGUUUCUGAUCCUACUUGGGGCAACCACCAUGCCAUCUUUGAUGUUGCCGCUCCCAAUGUCGAGCAAAAGAUGUACCCUUACUACGACUCUGCAACAUGCAGUCUCAACUUUACUGGUAUGAUGGAAACGCUCGAACGUGAUGCUCAACCUGGAGACUUGAUCUUGCUUCACGCUUGUGCACACAACCCCACUGGCAUCGACCCUACCAAGGAACAAUGGGAGAAGAUUGCCGACCUCUGCGAGCGCAAACAUCUCUUCCCCUUCUUCGACUCUGCAUACCAAGGAUUUGCUUCUGGAGAUGUUGACGAAGAUGCCUGGGCAGUACGCCACUUUGUCUCCCGCGGCACCCUCGAACUUGUCGUUGCGCAAUCCUUCUCCAAGAACUUUGGUUUGUAUGGCCAACGUGUUGGUGCUUUCCACAUUGUUGCUGCAGACCAAGAGUCCAAAGACAAAGCACUGAGUCUCCUGAUCCAUCUCCAACGCGCCGAAAUCUCCAACCCUCCUGUUUACGGUGCCAGAAUUGUUGCCUUUAUCCUCCGCAACGAAGAACUCAAGAGGGAAUGGGAGCAAGACUUGUUGAUCAUGAGUGGACGUAUCAAGGCCAUGCGAGCAGCUCUUUACGGCGAGUUGCAAGCUCUGCAAACACCAGGUAACUGGGAACAUAUCGUUAACCAGAAUGGUAUGUUUUCGUACACUGGAUUGUCUGAGAAGCAGGUCUUGGCACUCAGAAAGGAACACAUCUACCUCUUGACUUCGGGCAGAGCGUCGAUCUCGGGAUUGAACAGCGAGAAUGUCAAGAUGGUGGCACAGGCUAUUGAUAAGGUUGUCAGAGAGUCUGGAGACGCUCCUGCUCCUGCUGCUUAG